AUCACAGAACAACUAAGUUCUACGUUGCAUCAACAAAAGUUAGUAAAUUUGGACGAGCUCACUGAGUUAGUUGAUAUUGAACGUCAGUUAUGCAAGAUGGAUAAGCUAAAUGAUUUGGAGCCAAAUGUGGUACGUUUUAUAGGGAUAAUAGGGAUGGGCGGAAUUGGUAAAACAACCAUUGCUGAAGUUUUUUAUGAAAAAGUUGCAUAUAAAUUCGGAAAAAAUUGUUGUUUUCUUCGCAUUUAUGAACACACUACUUUACUCUCACUUCAACAACAACUUCUUUCCCAACUUCUUCAAACAAAGGACAUAAUUAUAAACAAUCAGAAUGAAGGAGCAAGCAUGAUUGGAAGUCGUUUGAAAAAUAAAAGAGUUUUGAUUGUUCUUGAUGGGGUGAAAGAAAAAAGUCAGUUAGAACAGUUAGUUGGAAAUCCUAAUUGGUUUGGUCAAGGGUCCAAAAUCAUCAUUACAACCAGAAAUAGGGAUGUUCUUCGUCAGCCAAAUUAUAAAGAUAAAAUGGUUGAAUACAAAGUGGAGUUUCUUGAUAAUAAAAGUGCCAUGACACUCUUUUGCAAACAAGCAUUUGGAUCAUGUGAUCAGUUUCCCAGUAAGAAUUUUGAGGACUUUUCUAAGGAGAUUGUAGAAAGGGUUAAAGGACAUCCACAGGUUUUGAGACAAAUUGGGUCGUCUUUAUAUGAUAAAGGUAUAGAGAUAUGGAAAGAACAAUUGAAGAGUCUUGAGGAAGAUUACAACAAUCGUAUAUUUAAGACAUUAAAGAUAAGUUUUGAUGAUUUAGGAAAGACAAGCCAAGAAGUUUUUCUUGAUUUUGCAUGCUUCUUCAAUGAGAAGAAGAAAGAGAGUGUGAUUGAAAUACUUAAGAGUCUUGAUUAUAGACCUCAUAGCGAAAUACAAUUGUUGGAAGAUAGAUGUCUCAUUGAAGUAAGACGUGACAACACAAUAUUUAUGCCUAAGUGCAUUCAAGCUAUGGGUCAACAGAUUGAACGUGAAGCUGAUAAACGGAGUAGGAUUUGGCUUCCGAAAGAUGCCCAUGAUGUAUUUGAUGAACCACAUAGAGUAAAGGACAUAAAAGGUGUAGUCUUGAAAUUGGAAGAGAAGCAAGAAGAAGUAAAGUUAGAGGGUAAGGUUUUUGAGGAUAUGAGAAGUUUAAAAAUAUUGGAAAUUGGGAAUGUAGAGGUGAGUGGAGACUUCACACAUCUCUCAAAACAAUUGAGAUUGCUCAAUUGGCAAAGCUAUCCCUCACAAUGUUUGCCAUUACGUUUUGAAUCAAGAUAUUUAUUUCAACUUCUUUUGCCUCUAAGUCAAACAAGGCAACUUUGGAAUGGUCAAAAGGGAUUUGAGAAAUUGAAGGUUAUUAAUGUUAGCCGUUCGAAGAAUUUACGAGAGACUCCUAACUUUACUAAGGUUCCAAAUCUUGAAAGUUUGGACCUAAGUUAUUGUCCAAGGUUGUGGAAGAUUGAUUCUUCUAUUAGUCGUCUCAAUCGUUUGACGUUGUUGGAUGUAUCGUAUUGUAUCAAUCUUGAAAGCUUGCCAUUUUCUAGAAGCUGCAAAAGCCUCGCAAGAAUAAAUUAUGCUGGCUCAGGUCUUGAAGAAAGAGGUAUGGAGAACCUUCAAAACAAUGACUCCCAACUUGCCAAACGGAGGUUUAUUUCUAGACUUGAAGAUCUGAUCUGCAGCAGAUUAAAUAAAAUUGGUUCCAGCUCGCAUCCGCCCAUCUCCCCCAAUGUCCCUUCUGCCAGCCGCAGUGACUCCAACGCACAACCACCGUCGUCCGCCUCUGCCUCAUCUUCCUUCUCACCACCACAAUGACUCCAACACACAACUUCCAUCGUUCAUCUAUCUCUCCAUCGCCACUCCGUCUGCCACACACAUUUCAACCAUCGCCUAUCGUCGUUGUUUAGCCUGCCGCACCCAGUCCACGGUCUCUCUUUCUCUUCACUUCGUGAAGUCCUCUUUAUUGGUAAACAAUUUUGCUCUUGUUUUAUUUGGUUUAUAAUGAUUUGAAUUUGAAAUUUGUUGUAUUUCAUUUUUCUAAAAGAAAUUUUAUAUACAUCAACGAUUUCUGAUGUAGAUUGUGUUCAAUUUGAAUUAGGACUAAGACAUAAAUUAAAGCAUUAUGUAUAGCUUAUAAUUAAUAUAGAUAUGGUGAAUGAGUUUGUAUGCUUUGGUGGAUUUGUAUGGUUGAAUUAGUUUAUGAAGGCCUAGACUUGAAUGAUGUAUGCUUUUGAUUGAUGAUAUUGCUUGAAUGAGCAUGUUAUUGUUGUUACCUUUACACAUCCGAGGGCCAGACCGUAACGACGAUAAUAGUAAAUAUGUCGCCAAUGUUUAUAAUUUUUUAUUUAAAACAGUAACUAUAAUGGUAACCAUAAUUAUACCAAUGUUAAUGAUAAUGAUACGAACACAAUUGGAUUAGUUCAUGCUUUGCUUGUCAAUCAAAUUUGUGUCUUUUGUUUAUAGAUUUGGAAGUGUACCCCAUAUGUCAUAUGUCAGUACCAAGGCAAUACACAAGUAAACAACACCAAAUGUAAUCAAAGGAUGCCCACUUUUCAAAUUAUCAUAGAGUUAAUAAUUACCAGCGGACUAGGGUAAACAUGGCCUUAAUUACUCCUUAUAGUUUCAUAGAAGCUCUUAAAUAGUCCAUAUGAUAUACAAUAAAAUCUUCAUAAAUAGUAUUUGUUUUAUCUAACUACUCUCUGGAAACGUAUUAUCAUUGCAAAAUACGAACAAUCAUACUUGGGUGAGCUUCCAACUAAGAGCAAAUAUAGCAGCUCAAAAGCUUCAUGGAUGUCUAUCAUUAAAGGAGUUGACUAGGUUCUUCCUCAGAUUAAAUGGAGCAUUAGAAGGGGUGACUCCCUCUCAUUCUGGCACAGCCGUUGGCAUGAACUUAGUCCGUUCACGCAGAGCAACCCGAGAUUAUUUGCUCUUUCUUCCAGAAAAGAAAACUCCAUUGCAAACAUGUGGAACGCAGAAACAGCUGAUCAUUGGGACCUUUAUCCUUGUGGACCAUUAAGAAGUGUCGAGGAAGCUCUUUGGGACGAUAUGAAAGCAUUCCUCCCUCCCUUGCCUGGUUCUGGUUUCGACAGACCUCAUUGGAUUUUAAACAGUAAUGACAACUUCUAGGUGGCUUCCAUUAAACUUGCGAGACCUCAUAACAACCAAGAUGAGAUUAAUGAUAAUAAUGGGGUUAUUUAUAACAACUUAUGGAAAUCAACCAUCUCCAAAAGAUGCAAAUUCUUUUUAUGGACUCUCCUUCGUGAGUGUAUCAAUACCAUGGAUAUGCUACAAAGAAGACUCCCAACUUGGAAUAUAAAUCUCUCUUGGUGUAUUCUCUUCAAAGCUGCUGAAGAAGACAAAUAUCACUUGUUCUCCCUCUGCCCCUUCUCAACAAACCUUUGAAAAAAUGUUGAAGUUGUAUUGGACAAACCCCUUCUCCUUUCAAAUUCCUCUAUCUUAUGCAAAGAAACCUUCAAAACAAAAAAAAAACAAACCAUCAAAUAACACCUGGUGGCUGCUACCCUUUGGAAUAUCUGGAGUGAAAGAAACAAAAGGAUUUUUAAGGGAAAGAAAAAACAGUUGAUUCAGUAUGGGAAGACAUUCAAGCUAUAACUGGUCUCUGGACAAGUCGUUCUUCCCUUUUCAAAAAUUACUCGUCCAGUUCUAUUGCUUUAAAUUUACAUGCUUUCUAGCAAAUCGGGUUUAUAGGGCUGCCCUCUAGCCCUUUUUGUAUCUUCUACUUCUUGUUCAUAUCUCUUUAUUAUUAAUGAAGUGGGUUUGAUGUGGAUGCAUUGGUAUAUUUUCCUUGUGGAGAUAUCCUUUUGCAUUUGCUAUCCCAAAGUAUCUUUAUCAAAAAAAAAAAAAAAAAAAAA